AGCGCCGGCCCCACUCGCAGCCCCCCACCGGCCCCGCCGAGCCGCCAGGGGGAGCUGCUGCCGCCUUGCCCGCCGCUGCCGCCGAGGCCGCGGGGCCGGUGGGGGAGCGCACGAUGGAGGCGCCGCCGGUGACCAUGAUGCCCGUCACGGGCGGCACCAUCAACAUGAUGGAGUACCUGCUCCAAGGGAGCGUGCUGGACCAGAGCCUGGAGAGCCUCCUGCACCGCCUGCGCGGGCUGUGCGACAACAUGGAACCCGAGACCUUCCUGGACCACGAGAUGGUGUUCCUGCUGAAGGGGCAGCAGGCCAGCCCCUUCGUGCUGCGCGCCCGGCGCUCCAUGGACAAGAGCGGGAUGCCCUGGCACCUGCGCUAUCUUGGACAGCCCGAAAUAGGCGACAAGAACCGCCACGCGCUGGUGCGCAACUGCGUGGACAUCGCCACGUCCGACAACCUGACGGACUUCCUGGUAGAGAUGGGCUUCCGCAUGGACCAUGAGUUCGUGGCCAAAGGGCACGUGUUCCGCAAGGGUAUAAUGAAGAUCAUGGUGUACAAGAUCUUCCGCAUACUGAUGCCAGGAAACACGGAGAGCAUUGAGCCGCUCUCCCUCUCCUACUUGGUGGAGCUCAACGUAGUUGCGCCAGCAGGGCAGGACAUUGUUUCUGAUGACAUGAGGAACUUUGCUGAGCAACUGAAGCCUCUAGUACACCUGGAGAAAAUUGACCCCAAAAGACUGAUGUGAUUGAAAAUCUGGGCUAUUAAGGCACUUGUUUUUGUGUUUCAGAAAAGGAUGUUUUUCUAAAAAGCUUUUUGUGGGCAAUCAAAACAGGGAGAAGGAAUAAACUACUACAUAUCAGUUUUGGCAGUUGCAA